UUGUUGUAUCCGCGCUCGCGCCGCUUUUUAAUGGCUUGCUGGAAGCUGAAAUUUUCUCUCAGUCCCAAAUCCGGUUAAAUAACAAACAUUAUUCUCCCAGCAACACGUUAAUGGCAGCGUGUCGCAGGAAAUGAGCGUCACCCAGCGCCGUGUCAUGUAUAUAUUGUGAGCGCGAGCGCUAACCGUUAGAUUGUUGUUAUUGUUGUUGUUGUUGUUGUUGUUGUUAGCUAGCAGCCAGGUUGCUAACUAGGCUAGCUAAUAAUGGAUUCCUGCCUCCCUAGCUAGGGUUUAUAAACGUUUACCUUGUUUAUUUUGUUCUAAAGCUUUGUUGUUUAUUGAGUAAAGUCAAAGCGAGCUCUUUAGGGGGUUUAUUUUGGCUCAGGAUGAGUAGAAAACAUCACCAUUACAAAGGAGCUGAAGUGAGCUGCUGCGUCAAAUAUUUCCUCUUCGGCUUUAACAUUAUAUUUUGGUUGCUGGGAGCGGCGUUCCUGGCAAUCGGACUCUGGGCAUGGGCUGAAAAGGGUGUGCUGGCGAACCUGUCAUCUAUCACUGAUCUGGGCGGCUUUGACCCUGUGUGGCUCUUCAUCGUAGUUGGAGGUGUGAUGUUCGUACUUGGCUUCGCCGGCUGCAUCGGUGCUCUAAGAGAAAACACCUUCCUGCUCAAAUUUUUCUCAGUGUUCUUAGGCCUGAUCUUCUUCCUGGAACUCACGGCUGGAAUCCUGGCCUUUGUCUUUAAAGACUGGAUCAAAGACCAGCUGAACUUCUUCAUCAACAACAACGUCAAAGCGUACAGGGACGACAUCGACCUGCAGAACCUCAUCGAUUUCGCCCAGGAAUACUGGUUGUGCUGCGGUGCCCAUGGACCCGACGAUUGGAACCAGAACAUCUACUUCAACUGCACGGAGCUGAACCCAAGCCGAGAGCGCUGUGGAGUUCCCUUCUCCUGCUGUGUCAAAGAUCCGGCUGAAGAUGUUCUGAACACCCAGUGCGGAUACGACGUGCGGCUUCAAGCUGAGCUUGAUCGACAGCGGUACAUCUACACAAAGGGGUGUGUGGGGCAGUUUGAGAAGUGGCUGCAGGACAAUCUGAUCGUCGUGGCUGGCAUCUUCGUUGGUAUUGCACUACUACAAAUCUUCGGCAUCUGCCUCGCCCAGAAUCUGGUGAGUGACAUCAAAGCGGUCAAAGCCAACUGGUGACGCACGGUGACAGAGAGGUGAAGCCCAGUGACCUCCGUGUUUUAUUUUAAUUUUAAAACACCUUGGAGCAGAGAUUCACGUUCUCCUGGAUCUUUACACGCACACUGACAUUCCAGAUGAACCGACUCUCCUCGUUUCUUUUUUUUUUUUAAUUACUAAUGUGAGAAUGCUGUCAAAAACAAAAAAAAACAAACAAACAAACAAAAACAACAGGGAGGCGGAGCCUCUCUAUAAAAACGUUGCGCUUUUCUUCAGCCUGUGGAAGCUUUCUGGCUCCUAUGCACUUGCGGAGAGAGACGGAUCUGUAUAAAGCCUUAUUACGAGUUUCCCGCUCUUCUCGUUCCGGAUGUAAACGUCAUCCACAGAGACAUUCAAGACGACACGUUUCUUUCAUCCACGGCAGUCAAAGGGACGGAGGACGUUUCGUAUAACGCGUGAUAUCGCUCGACGGGAUUCUUCGUAAAUAUCCUGCUUCCGAGUCUCUUUAAAAAAAAAAAAAAAUAAACAUUUUUUUUUGUAUGUAAUUUUUUUUUGUUCAGCUAUAAUAUAAAUAGUGAUAUGCUAACGUUAAACAGAUCCUGUAACAAUAUGAACAAUGCUGCUUUAACUCGUAGAGGAUUAUAGAGUAUACGCUAUACUAACCAAGAAACAUUCUACAUUUUAAACCAAGAGGGAGAUUCCACUGUUCACUUCCGUUCAAGAGCCAAACCACUAUGACAGACUUCACCUCCAUCAUUUCUGUCUGUCCUUCUUCCUGCUGCCUGCCCUGCUUCUAUACGCACAACCGUACAUCCUUCCACAUAAACACGUGCACACAGUUUGUCCAUCUUUGGGUAAAGUCACUUCAGAACACUUCAAAAAUCCUGACGAGACAUUUCUCUAGCACUCAUUUUCUUAGUACGCGUACACAUCCGUUAAAAAAGGCAGACGCUUGUUCACAGCAUAGCCGAUUAACAAUAAGCCCCGCCCAUAAAACUCCAUAAAAGGAAAGUUCUGCGAAAAACGGCGACUAAACGGUAAAAGAGCUCGAUACACAAAAAUACCGUACAAUAACGCAGCACCUCCAGCGCGACACCUUGGCUACUAGAGACGCCUCCGACCUUUUAUAGGGUGCCAUUACUUUUUACCACCAAUUCCACCUCUCUAUGACAUGGAGAUAAUUCUGAGCUGUUGUCGAGAAUGAUUGGCUUAUUACAGGUUUAAUAACACCUCACAUAAUUAACAGUUUACUAACGUUCUCACUGCUAGCUAUAAAAGAAACCUACAUUACCUCCGUCUUGGUCAGGCUCAGGUUAGGGGCGUGGCCUGAAAUUUGAAUUCGCGUGCCGGGAAUUACGGCUUUCCUACUUGGUGGAAAAGUGUUACAGGUGCCAACAUGUAGGGUGUGUAGGAUUGUUGAUGAGGCAAUGCAGGAGAAAUCGUCGGUCGUGGCUAACGUGUUCACGUUUUUCUUUUACAGAUCACAGGGAUUUGUAAAGGUGUAUUUGUUUGUCUCCUGUGUGGUGAAGCGACAGAAAAUUUAUAUCCUGUUGUUCGGAAACGGAGGUGGGAGGGGCUUACUGGCUCUCCGCUGUCACUCACAGCGACGGUAGCCAAUCGUAUGCAUUUGUGCAUUCGUGCAUGCGGAAGAGGGCGGAGUACCGUACUGUGCCCCUCCCCCACUUAAACAAACAGCAGUCUUAGUAAUACAAAUAUAAAAAUUGCACAUUUGUAUAUUUAAAUGUAUAGGUUUGAUUCUUAUACAGUAGCAAUAUUGGUGCAUCUAUAAGUAUUCGUAAGAACAGAUUAUAAGUGCUGUUAAACCUGUAAUAAGCAUACGAACGUCUCACACGCCGAGCACUACGAGGCGAACCUGGGAUGAUUUAAACCAGAGACUUGUGUUAGUAUUUAUUAUGGUAUCUAUGGACCAUGUAUACACACACACACACACACACACACACACACAGCUCAGGCAUUUACGUGCACAUCCGAGGUCUAAAGCCGUCAUACGUCAGGGAAAAGUGUGUCGUAGGACUUUUGGUAAACAUGGCUGCAUGUUGCUGGUGUUGGUGAGAGAGGUGAAUAUUGUGCAUGCUCUUUUUAUUAUUAUAUUAUUAGAAUUAGAAUUAUAUAUUUUUUUUGUUUUGUUUUAAAAACCGCUCGUUUUGAGAGCGUGGCGUUCGUCACAGUUCAAGUUCUCAGCGUUCCGUCUGAGGCACAGAUGUUUAUGCACACGCAAAGGCAACGCCAUUCUUCAGACCCGUGUUCAUGUUUCUUUUCUUUGUUGUUAAAGCGGAGUGGCCUUUCUUGUUCUCGUUCUCUGUGGAGUCCCAUCACCCCACCCCACCCCACCCCACCCCACCCCACCCCAUCCCAUCCCAUCCCAUCAUCCCUUCCCAUACAGUAUAUACUGCGCUUCCUCAGUAACGCUAACAUCAGAUGAUUGACCUUCCGUGUUGUACCUUUACUUAUUUUAUUUCCAUAAGCCUCCAAAGUUUAAUAAUCAUCACACUUGUAAUGUUUUAGCCCAUAGAUUUACACACUAGAGCUUUAGAUAGGUGACUCGAUCUGAGCUCCAUUCAUACUUUCCAUAAGUAAGUGCCCCCUACACACACAUUCUAUUCUAUUAGAUUUAACAUGCUGGGCACAUGAGAGGAUCAGAGGUUGAUCUUUUACACAGUAUUUUUUUUGUCAUAGAGUGUUUAUUUUAACUUUUGUCUUUUUACGAUUUCAAUCCAUUCAGCUUGAAAAGGGGGUGGGGAAAUAAAUAAAUAAAUAAAUAAAUAAAAAUAAAUUCCACAUAUUAAAUAGGAAACAAACACAGAUGAACUUAUAUAAGAAUUAAAGAGCUGUGAUUUAUUGUAUAUAUUAUAUAAAGAGCAAACAGUUACAGAUUUGCGGACAUCAGGAUAAAUGAAAGCCGCAGCUUUACUUCUGACUGUUUGACGUCCACGUGUUACUAUAGAAACGGUAAAGUAUUAGGAACGACUGCUGCAGGUAUAGAAAAUCAAUCUUUUCCCUUUGACCAAUCAGAACACAGAAUUGAACAGAACUCAACCGCCUUCUGGAGGAAAAUCCGAUACUACAUGAAGCAAGCUGUGGAUAGAAACACGAACCUCUCACUAAUCAACAGUCAUUAACAAUCAUUAACAGUUUAUAAAACAACACUCUCAAAACAUCGUUUAAAGCACUUCUACACAGAUAAAGAUCUACGUUUGCAUUUCUUGUAUCCAGACAGCAGCCUCGUGGCUUCACGGCUCAGUCGACAGUAAUCUAGGGCUCUAAUUUGGCUUUCUAGACAAGGUUUAGACUUUUUAUCCAAAUGAUCCGCAAGACCUUUUAAAGCAGGUUUAAAACAGCGCCGUUAAAAUUAAAAACGAAAUCCAGUUCAUUUCGGCGGAUUUUCUUUCACAUAGCAACGUGUUUUCAUUACUUUCGUUUAUGCGUUUUGUUUAUUUGCUCAUUCUGAAUAUUUUUCUUUUCUAUCGCUUAACAUUAAGCUAGGGGUCACGGUGGCUUAGAGGUUAGCACGUUUGCCUCACACCUCCAGGGUUGGGGGUUCGAUUCCCGCCUCCACCUCGUGUGUGUGGAGUUUGCAUGUUCUCCCCGUGCCUCGGGGGUUUCCUCCGGGUACUCCGGUUUCCUCCCCCGGUCCAAAGACAUGCAUGGUAGGUUGAUUGGCAUCUCUGGAAAAUUGUCCGUAGUGUGUGAUUGUGUGAGUGAAUGAGAGUGUGUGUGUGUGUGUGCCCUGCGAUGGGUUGGCACUCCGUCCAGGGUGUAUCCUGCCUUGAUGCCCGAUGACGCCUGAGAUAGGCACAGGCUCCCCGUGACCCGAGGUAGUUCGGAUAAGCGGUAGAAAAUGAAUGAAUGAAUGAAUGAAUGAACAUUAAGCUAAGGACACAACGCUAACGACUUCCUGGUUAGCUUUCGGUCUUCGUUAGCCAUGUUAGCGGAUUUGAUUCCGCUCCGUUUCAUAGUGCGAAGCGUCAACGUCUGCAGGAUCUCCAAAACCCUUUCACAAACUCGCUUAAAGGAAUAGUUUGUUUUGUGGGGGCCAUAAUAUUAUUAUUAUUAUUAUUAUUAUUAUUAUUUCUAAUCCAAACUAUUCCUUUACGACUCAAAUCACGAUCUGAUCAUCACUCAAACCGAGGACACUUCUGUCUCUUAGCAGUCUUUCGUUCACCUGUAAAUUCAGGGCAGCACACAUUCAUCGCGACGCCGUGAUUUUGUCUGGUGAACUUUUCCACAUUGUGAAGUUACAAACUGAAACAGACUCCAUUCAGCGAUAAAAUGUGAAUCUACACAAAAUAGCUGACUUCUGAUGAUAUAAAAGUAUCAGUACAGUUUACAGAAUUAUUUACAGUUUAAUUUUUUUUUGUGUGUGUGUGUGUAAAGUUUGUUUAAAGCUUGCGUAAGUAUUCACCCCCUACGUUGCUGUAAAAAUACUUCUGAUGGCAACUAAUUGAACAACAAGAGAAGGGUGCAAACACUUGUGCAAUGUUUUUGUUUUGUUUUGUAAACAGUUUCCACUUAAAUAUUCUAACCUAUUGUGUGUAAGAUUCACAACAUUUAUUCGCACCUAAUUUCAGUCGAACAACACAUGGAAAAGUUAAACGGGGGGUCAAUACUUAUGCACGACUUUGUUUGGAUUCUUUCGUCAAAGCUCUUUAUACUAGCGCGUGUGUGAUGGCGCUAAUCCGAGAUGGUCGUGUGUUUUACAUAAAUCGUGUGAGGGAAGCUGUCGUGCCGUCGCUCUUAUCAAAGAAGAACUAACUUCAUUGUUGAAAUGAACCUAUCCAUGUCUCUGGGUUGAGAAGAGAGGCACUUUUUUUUUUUUUUUUUUUAAUUUUUUAAAAUUUAUUAUUAUUAUUUUUUUUUAAACAAAUGUCCGUUUAUUGACUUGAUUGUGGGACAUGGUCUGUUACACUGUAUGUUAUAUAAAAUAUGCUCCUUUUUCAUAUUCAAUAAAAGGAUUUAUGACCUUU